AGGGUUCGCCAAUCAUUGCCCAAAGAUGUGGACUUCGACUACGCUCGCCGUCCUAUGUGGCUGCACUUUCCUGCUCACAGGACCUGGUUUUGCCAACGGUCAACUGGUCACCUCAUUCUCUGGAACCUACCAGGGUUCCACUCUUACUGGAGACAACGGUCAGCCAUACAACGCUUUUCGGGGAAUCCCUUAUGCGGAACCGCCCACUGGCGACUUGAGGUUCAAGAAAACUGUGCCCAUAGCACCCUUUUUUGGGAGCGUGUACAAUGCUACAGAGUUCGGGCCCUUCUGUAUGCAGGACUCCACAUGGAUUGAUAUCAUGGGCCCAGGACAAGAGGACUGUCUCUAUCUGAAUGUAUUCACUCCCACCUCUAUGCCCGAGGGUGGCACGCUUCGAAAGGUGUUUGUUUACAUCCACGGAGGGAGCAACCUAGGAGGAAACUCUAACACCAUCUUCCCCGGAACGCUAGUGACGACCUUUGACCUAGUUGUCGUGACCUUGAACUACCGUCUCGGCACCUUUGGUUUCCUCAGCACCCUGACCCCGGACUGCCUCGGCAACUUCGGCCUGUGGGAUCAGAUCCGGGCUUUGGAGUGGGUCAGAGACAACAUCCAAGCUUUUGGGGGUGACCCUCAGGCUGUCACGUUGGGUGGAGAGUCUGCUGGAGCCUUUGACACCUCAGCCUUAGCAUUAUCUACCGGUGUGCAGGGACUGUUCCAGAGAGUUAUCGUCCUUAGUAAAGCCACGGGGCUCAGUGCAUCAGGCUGGAAUGAUAAUCCUCAAGUGACCACCGUCAGAGCUGCGCGAAGUGUAGGCUGUAUUAAGCAAGAAGAUAAGAACCCAGUAACAGAAGCUGAUUGGACGCCCGUGAUCACGUGUUUAAAACAACUACCUGCACAGCGAUUGGCUAACACCAGUGCUUUGAACUUUGCUCGGACAGACGUUUUCUCGGCAGUGAAAGAUGGGGAUCUGUUUCCUUACGGAGUAAGUUUAGGUAUCUAUCUAUCUAUCUAUCUAUCUAUCUAUCUAUCUAUCUAUCUACCUAUCUAUCUAUCUAUCUAUCUAUGUCUCGCUCUGUGAGAGAGUGUCUCUUCGCGUUUGUCUAUCUUCGUGUUUGUCUCUCUAUCUGUCUGUCUGAUACCCUUUCCUUGUUUAUUGUAAUCUGACAUUUUUCUGCCAAUUUUUUUUUGUUGGCUUAACACCACUGCUGUCCAAUUACGAACACAUUUUUCGGUGGUUUUUUUAAAAACUGAAAAACGUUGAUUAAAGGCACAAAACAUGUAAGUUUUUAAAAGUUUCCACAGACUAUUAACCUCUGGAAAUAUCCAAGCAUUUUCUCGCUAAUUCUACCUUUGAAACCAGACAAUCUCACCUUCUUCAAUCUCAAAUAUCUGAACUUCUAAAC